CAAAGUUUUGCGCAUUGGCAAAUGAACAACGCGUACCUUUUCCCGCAACGCGUUUCUGCUUGGAUCUGCUUUCGACUCAACUGGUAGCUACGGCUGCUACGGCUUAUGCUCUCACUAUCAUGGCCGAGGUCCACAUAAUAGGGACGCUGGCGGGCGCUUCAGGGUUCCCGUCAUCCCAGCUGCGUUGCAAAUGGCGCAUCGUUGCUGGUGACGGCUGGCGGCUUAUUGAAGGAGAUGUGGAGGGAAGUACACAGGUUGACAUGCCCCAGGCAAGCAAGUUUACAGCAUGGAGCCAUCCAUUGGAUCUACAUUACGCGACGAAGACAGUGACAGGUUGGCCAAAGAUACAGGUCCAAGUCCUCCGGAGAGACUGGCUGGGGCGGGAUGAACUAUAUGGCUAUGGCUUCACACACAUCCCAACAACACCUGGCGAGCAUAAGCUUGAGAUAGUCACUUGGCGACCUGCAUUAUCAACAUUUGAUUCCCUCUACUCAUGGAUUUUUGGCACAACACCGACGCUAGUAAACACAGACCUGGUACACACCCCCACGGAUAGAUUCCGCCUCACAACAUGCUCAAUGGGCAAAGUGCAUCUCAACGUUGGCAUCAUUUUGCGAAAUUUUGAGGGAUACGGAGUCGCGAUGUAGUAGUUGAGGGUUGUUCUCCGUUUUUUUUUUUUGGAAUUGUUGGGGACGGGGAUGUAGGAAGGCGUGUGACAGCGGCGACAUACGGACGAUAGCUGCAACACGCGUACAUGAACAGUGGUGACUGCCACGAAUAUGUGCCUGGUGCUUGGUAACGCCUUUCUUAUUACGCAGCCCGCAUGCGAAAUGUGUAUAUGAUAUAUAUAUGUGGAAAUCGUCGCAAUCCAUGAACGUUUUCGCACGCUGGCCCAGUAGUACACCCCAGCUUCAUCGU